AGUGUUCUCGUUGAUGAAGCUUUUAUUACUCGAAAUGAGACACUUAAUUGCGUGUUGUGAUAAAAUUGUGCAUGUUAUCGCAGUCUUUAAUUUCAUACAGCAAAGAAUUCGUAAUCAUGCACAUUGUUUACUAUACCCAUUAUUAGAUUAUUAUCAUUCGAGUCAGAGAGUAGUAAUAUAAAUGGGAUUGUCACUUUCUAUAAUAUAUGGUUGGAUUGGUGCAUUCAUCCGUGCUUUUUGCGAUAUUUCUGUGCGUUGUUCGGUGCCAUGAAUUUCGAAUUCAAAAUUACGGUCAUUGUGUAAAUUUUACCCAGUAUAUCUCGGAUUAUUAUAUAGUAUGAAAGGGUUUUGCGUACCAUGGGCCAGUUAGCACCAAACAGAGACAUAUAGAAUUUCAUCAGAACCUGACCGUAAUUGGUGAUACAAAAGUAGAAGGAGCUGUAAGAAUAAAGGAACUGAGAUCUGCAAGUCUUUACAACUAUGUGAAGAAAGUUGACUACAAUGAAGAUCUGGAGCAUGUUGUAACUGACAUUGUCACAGAGAUGCUUUCAGAUCUUAAUUGUUUGGUUAUUAUGAAUGACAACAUUCAGCAAGAUAUUUUUGAAGGUCAUUUCUUCAAAAAACUUGGAAGUGUCCCUUAUUAUAAGGUGCUUGUCAAGGAAAAAGAAGAUUUGCAGAGUCCAAACUACAAAACCCUUUCUGUAAUUCGUCAUGUCAAAAGAGCAGGAUGUCAAGUUUAUAUUUUAAUGAUUUCAAAUGGUGGGAAAGUGUCACGAUUCCUCAAAUUUGGAGACAGACACAGAGUGCUUGACACCAGAGCCAAAUUCAUAUUACUACAUGACCACCGAUUAUUCCACUCCAGUCUGCACUAUCUCUGGAGAAAAAUUGUGAAUGUCGUAUUCUUACACCAGCAAGGAAGACAUCAUGGAUCUGUUAUAACUCGCCAAAAAAUCCAUCCAUGGUAUGACAUCAGCACUGUGCCUUUUCCCUCACCCAUUGAUAGUACCUUUGUCCCACUUCACUUGGACACAUGGCAUCAGGGUAAAUUCCGCUCUGGGGCUGAUCUGUUCAGAAAGAAGACCUCAGACCUGAGAGGACAACAGCUCAGGGUUGUUACUUUCCAGCAUCUACCAGCAAGCGUCAAAAUGGCAUCGCCUUCUCUUAGGAUAGACAGUGUAGUGGAAGGCAAUGGUCCUGUUGGCUUUGGAGGACUUGAGAUAGAGGUUUUAAGGACACUUGCAACUGUAAUGAAUUUCCAUCCAGAUGUGUAUGAAGCAGAGAAUGCAGAUGUGGAACAAUGGGGUCGCAGACAAUUGAAUGGAUCCUAUUCAGGUCUGCUGGGAGAAGUGAUGAGUGGACAGGCUGACAUUGCACUGGGAAAUUUAUAUUACACACCAUACUAUUUGGAACUCAUAGAUCUGACCAUUCCAUACACUACAGAGUGUCUCACCUUUCUCACGCCAGAAUCGCUCACUAACAACUCUUGGAUGACGCUUAUUCUACCUUUCAGGCCAUUGAUGUGGGCUGCAGUAUUUGUGGCUCUGAUUCUGGCUGGAUUUGUGUUUUAUGCCCUGGCCAACUACCACAUCCACAUUGUAUCUACUGCAAUGAACUUGCAAACAAAUAAUGCCAUCAUGGUACAAGAAAGAAGCAAAAUAAAUGACAGCAAAGUAAUACAUAUACAAGAAGAGAGGAAUAAAACUGGUGAUGGUCUUUACUUAUUCAGCAAGUUGGAAAAUGGAAUCUUGUACACAUACGGCAUGCUGCUAUUGAUUUCUCUCCCAAAGUUUCCAUCAGAUUGGUCUCUCCGGGUCCUGACAGGAUGGUGGUGGAUCUACUGCAUUCUACUAGUGGUUGCUUAUCGAGCAAGCAUGACAGCAAUUCUUGCCAACCCAACUCCCAGGGUCACCAUAGACACAAUGGAGCAGUUGGUAGACAACCAUAUUACUUGUGGAGGCUGGGGUGAAGAGAUAAAGCAGUUCUUUCUUACUUCAUUGGAUAUUUCAGGACAAAAAAUUGGCCUCAAGUUUGAGGUCAUCUAUGAUACUGAUCUUGCAGUUGAAAAAGUGGCUAAAGGAGAAUUUGCUUACUAUGAAAAUAUUUAUUUUCUACAAUAUUUACGUGUUAGAAGACAACUUAUAGUGAAGGAAGUUGGUACCAAAAAAGAUGUGAACACAAAUGAAGAAUCAGGAGGAAACAGGAAUCUCCAUAUAAUGCAUGACUGUGUAAUUCACAUGCCUGUAUCAAUUGGCCUUCAGAAAAACUCGCCUCUAAAGCCCCACAUGGAUAGAUUCUUACGUCGCAUUGUUGAAGCAGGUCUUAUCAAGAAAUGGCUCAAAGAUGUGAUGCUCAGUAUUGUGUCAGUGGAUAAUACAGACAAAGAAGACGGCAACAAACCUCUGAUGAAUCUUCAGAAGCUUUAUGGGGCUUUUGUGGCCCUUGGUGUGGGAUACUUGAUAAGCAUAUGUGCUUUUGCUGGGGAGAAGAUACACUGGCAAUGUGUUGUAAAGAAAAGUCCAUUGUUUGAUAAGUAUGCAAUUAAUAUUUAUUAUGACCAUCAGAAAUCUUCAAAAGCUAUUAAAAAAUAAUUAUAGAAUAAAUUUUACAUAAUAUUUCUGCAUAAACUGUUACUGUAAUUCACAUAACCAGAAAUUCUACAUAAAUCUGUUAUCCCCUAAACAAAAUCUAUUUCCCCAUACAUUUAGACAGAAUAAAAUUUAUGCAUCUGUGGAGUGAAAAAGUAUAUAUCUGGAGCCCUACA